CGUCAAUCCACCAGGCCUCAGCUAAAAGCAGGACGACGCCGACAACGACCAGCAACGUUCACGAAAAAGACAGGAUGGGCACGCCCGAGAGCCAGCUCAGACUACGCAAGACCGACCAGAACCCUUCCGCCGACCAGAACUCGCUCUCAUCUUCAUCUAAUCCAGGACGCGCACCCAUCGGAUCGGAUUACAAUCGGCCGAUCUUCAAGCUAGGCAUCGUCAGCUUGUCCAUGGCAAUCCUCCCGAUCGGGACCUAUUUCGGCACCCUAGGACACGUCUUUGACAAGACGAACACCACAGCAGCUGCCAUCUCGGCAAUCGUCGUCACUAACAUCAUCCUGGUCGGCUACAUCUUCGCCGCCCUCUCCGAAUCCGACGACGAGCAGAACAACAAUACAACCAGUACCGACCUGCAGAAGAGGAAGAAGAAAGACUCCUGACUGCAUAGCUCAUCGCCUGAAAUCUAUCUCUCAUCUUCAAAUCUCCCGCUCUUACUCCUAUCCCCAUGAUCCUCAACUUACCCCCACCACCGAACCAGGAACUCUCCACAUAAUCAGCUUCACCCCAUGCCCAACAAUCAAACCACCUCUUAGUCUGUGUUCCGUUUCCGCAUUUGAAACCGAAAUCACCAAGCGGAUCUUUCUCUGUCCUUUUUUUUUGUUCCGCUUUUUUUUUGUAAUUUAGAUCAUUAAACUUGAAGUUAUCAUCACCAACUUUAUAAGUGAAAAGCAAAGCCAAGUUACCAAG